UCGUUGCCGCGUCAUGCAAGAUGGAGUCUUAUCCCAGCACCUUUCCCAUAGAACAGACGCCAUAGACGCGAGACUUCGACAAUUGACAUCGCGCAUUGUGCCUUUCUGUGACAGAGCGAUGGUACUGUACUUGUCAAAAGCAACAGUGGUUCAGCGUCAACGAAGAUCAAGUACAUAAAAGUCGGACGAUCCGCUAGGCCUGUUGUAUUCUGGACACCGUCCCCGCAGUCUCCUCCAUUAUCUAGGUCUAGUUGCCUCGCGAAACCCCCCAGGUUCAUAUAGAAAGCUAGAGCACGAAACCAGGAAUGCAUUCGCUUCUACUACUACUAGUAGUAAUAGGCUGAUUCGUUACGAGCAGACUGGUCGCACAACCCUUCACUCUCGCUUUACGGCGUCACACCUCGUUCCGAAUACUUGCUGAAUCGCUCGACCGAGAUUUAAGGGUCAAGUACAUGGCGGAUAAAUCUGCGCAGCGCCAACAACCCUCCGCCGCCCAUUGGAUCGGCGUUUCUUCGACUCAAGCAUCCUCGCUAUCCUCCGACAAGGCAGUAUCACGCGGCGCAGCGGCAUUCCCCGGAGCGGAGGCUGCGCCCGGCGAGCGGAAGUCAUCCGCGGAAGUGGAGGCUGCGCGGGCGGAAGGGGGGACCGCGCGCGGGGACGAGGGGACUAUUCGCGCUAAGGAGCUUUCGUUACAACUCGAGCGGCUACUCGCGGAUUCGAACCCCUUUAGACAAUCGCUCUGCAGCAGCAGCGACGACAACGCAAGUUCCGUGAGUUUGAGCCCGAUUUCGUCCGCCCAAAGCGUCACCUGCGGCGGCAGCGCCAGCGGGAACAGCGCCCAGAGGCGCAAAGCCGCAUCUGCGACCGUCACAGGCGCUGGCAACGACGCCGUGAGCAAGAAGGGAGCGGGCGACCGCCAAAGGCGGAGGCGGAAAAGCGCGCUGGAGAGAAAGGGGAAGAAGAAGUCGGAAUUGUGUCCCUGCGGGUGCGCGCGGCUAGUCCAGGCGGAAGUUCAGGCGGAGCAGCAGCGGCAGGCAACGCUGCGAAAGGCGCAGUCUCAGUCUUUGAUUAAUCCGACAAGCGCGCGUCUUUUCGGGCAGCGCAGCGCGACUGCCACGUGUCCGUUUGAAUCUCCGUUUCUCGACAGCCUCGUUCGCUCAAUCGCGCACGACGCGUCAAACGGCGACGUAGCUGACUCAGCGGUUUCGGAAGCUGGAAAAUCUCGCGCCGUCGAGUGCCGAGCAAGUGACAGUGUUCGUGAUGGUACGGAGCGAUGCAACGCAAGAGGUGAUGGCGCAGGUGACACUAACGGAAGCGGAAAUCACGAGAGAGUUGCUGCGACAGAGGUGUCGGGGGCAGGUGCGGGUGAGCGGAAAUCCAAUUUGUGCGCAGCAGAUAGUCAGCUGGGGAAAAUGGAGGGGCAACGAGCGGGAAGCGACGGUAACGAAAAGCGUCGCGAAGAAUCUGUACGACGGAAGGAGCAUGAAGCGACGUCGCAGCACGGCUCGCUGCGAUUGGAAACGCCAACCAAGACCAAGCAUUUCGACCGUUCGAUGGCUGUCGCACGCUGGGUUUUGUCGCCAGUCAAUCCUUACUCGUCUGGAAGGCCCAAGAGUUCUUCGCACAUCCGCACGUCUGAGGACGGUCGUUCGUCAUCGGGAGUUCGGUCUGAACCAGCAACCAGACCGCCGUCAGGCGGAACGAAAUCCGUCAGCGCACGUCGAGACCUAUCUGGAAGUUUUGCAGCUGCGGCCCGCAGCCAGCAUGGAGAUUCACAUGCUGUGGUUUCGGAACCUGCGUCUCGGAUUGCCUCCGCAAGGACCGACGAAUCAUCAUCCACCAGAAGUAUCCGUUAUAAGGAUUCUACACCCACAAGUUCUGGAAGGAACAAUGUGGUUAACAAUAUUGGAGAGACAUCUGAUGUGACAAGGCAGUGCGAAUCACGAGAUUCCAAGCCACCCAAGUGGAAGUGGCUGCAGAUUCUCUCGAGUACCAGCAUGCCAUGGUCCCAGCACCCCAAAGCGAGCCAGCCGAGCCUGGUUUCAUGAGUCCCCGACCUGGGGAUCUUGAAGUGACGGUACAAGAAAUUUGGGACACCAUACCAGAGCCAAUACGUGGCUCUGCGUUACAGCUGCUGGCACUCAAGGUUGCUUUCACUCCGCGACACCAAAGUCGGCUUUGGUACACUCCACACGGGUGCUGAACCAAGAAAGGCAGACUUCAUUUUAUCCACCACAAAUAGGGGAAACCCAACCAGAAGCCCCUCAAAUUCUGCAACUCAGCCUGUAGAAGGUGCUCUGUGGUUGGGACGGUCAUAGUAGACGGAAUGCUUGCAGGCUGCCUGUUAUUCCCAAAGUGGUUCCUGACUCGUUCGAAGUCGGGCAGCAAGCUUAGUAGCAGCCAGCCGAAGGGGGUGUUAGUGUCAACUUAUGCAUAUGUUCUUAUGUAGAAGUUGUAGGCUAGAUAGGGUAUGUUCUUAGUGGGUGCAACCCAAAGGCUAUAUCUCCCCUGUUCUCCAUUCUUCUAAUAAUUCUUUCUAGUCUUA